AUGGAAUCAAGCAUGAGCUUAUCUCCUGUUCCCUCCGACCUAUCACAACAGAAUCAAGAGUCAUUAUCGGUGUCCCCAUCGUCAAGCCCACGGAAACGAUCAAUUCACGACCUCGAGGGCCCCAUUGAAUCAUCACCCGUGCACAAGCGUGCCUUGAUCGUGCCUUACGACUCUGAGAACCAGGAGAAUCGGGAUCCCGCAGGCUCAGUGACGGCCAAAGAAGCUACACAGACGCAAAAGGCGGCCUCCCCGUGGGGGGCACCCCCCAGUGUAGAAAUUCUGGUAGGAAGUGGUCCAACCGCGGCCAUACCAGGGUCUACGGGGUCAUUGCUCGUGUGCACAUCUUCAUCGGGGGACAUGACUUCACAAAGGGCUGGCUCCGGGUCUCCUGUAAAGAUGGACUCAAGCUCAGCCCGGGCUUCAAAGAAGCGCAAGCUUUCCCCAGUCAGUCAGGAUCUCAAGCAACAGGACAAGGAAGCACGAGAGCGCCAAAAACAGGAAGAAAAGGCUAAAAGGGAGGAGGAUAAACGACUUAGGGCUGAGGAGAAGAAGAAGCGCGAGGAGGAGCGUGAGGAGGAGAGACGAUUAAAAGAAGAAGAUAAAAAGAAGAGGGAAGCGGAGCGCGAGGAAAAGAGAAAAGCCAAGGACGAAGAAAGGGCUGCUAAAGAGGCCGCAAAGGAAGAAGAAAGAAAGCGGAAAGAGGAAGAAAAGCUGAAGAAAGAAAGGGCACAACCUAAGCUGAACUCAUUCUUCGCCAAACCAUCCUCUCCUCGCCCCAAAGUUGCACCAACGGAGGAGAACUCUGUCACUGUGCAAACCCCCAUUUCAAUCGCCACUGAGAGUGGCGAGCAACAUCCGACAAGGCCUGAUCUAUCGGAUUACCAGAAGGCUUUCCCUGAAUUUUUCCUGCAGUCACACACGCAAAUUGCCCCAUUGCAUCGCUUUGAGCGCGACCCACAAGCGCUUGAGCACGUCCGUCAGGCCAUCGACGCGACACUGAAUGUAACUGGCACCGACAGCUCUUUCAAGCCAUCAUUUCGGCCAUCCGAAGUUUUCAAGUACAUUCCCUUUCGUCGGCGCUGUGGCCGCUCUGGACCUUCGGUUAAGGACCUUCUGCGCAGAAUGCAGAAUGCUGGUGAUGAAACUCUGAUGGACCUUGAUCCUCAAGACCAGCAUAAGGCUGCCGAGGAGGCCCACAAGGCCCUCCGCCAGGUGCCCAUGAAAGUACUCAGAUUCGGUGAAGAUGUACGACCACCUUAUCAGGGCACAUUUACCCGGCCCAUGGGUGAGGUUGCUGCGCGCAAGCUUGCCCGCAACCCAUAUCAUCGAGGCUUACCCGAGGUGAACUAUGACUAUGAUUCCGAGGCGGAGUGGGAAGAGCCUGAAGAAGAAGGCGAAGACCUUGACUCUGAAAACGAUGAUGAAGAGAGCGACGAUGGCGACGAUGAUAUGGCUGAGUUCCUUGAUGAUGAAGAUGAUGCUUUAGUCGGCGGGAAGCGUCGACUCAUUGUGGGAGAUCUGGAGCCCAACUGCACUGGACUGUGCUGGGCUGCCGACGGGGUGACCGCGGAGAUGAAGGCGUAUCAAAUCGAAACCAUCUCGGAUGCGGUCCGCUUCCCAAUUGACCCCUUUUCCACAGCUUAUUGGGAGAAACCCAAGCUCCUCGAUGCGACAACAGCUCAUGCACCCAGCAAGAGUACCCUUGACGUCUUUCGUGUUCCAAAUCCCACAACUACGACCCCUGCCAAUGCGGCGCGCUCCAUCAUGAACGGCAAGGUCAAAAAACCAUUUCCUCCAGAACAGCUGCCUGAGUUUCGGACAGCUGUUGAAAGCAGUGAUCUCAGUAAAGUUGGAACUAUUGAGAUUUUGAAGAAACGCUUCCCCAAGGUUGCCAAGGAUACUCUUAAGGCCACAUUGGAACAGUAUGCUGUCCGAGUAGGUCAGAAGGAAACGGACAAGAGAUGGGUCUGGCGUUGA